AUGGGGAUGUGGACGUUCAGCCAUGUUAAUUUGUCAGAUAACAAGCAGCAUUUCGGAAGUUAUGUUCGAAUUGUGUACUGCAACUCCUUCGGUGGAUCAGAUUAUUACCAAUUUGAUGAUUUGUUGAGUCCUAAAGAAAAGGCUUUGCGAAGAAAAGUCCGAGAGGUCAUGGAAAAAGAAGUAGCUCCCAUAAUGGCACAAUACUGGGAGAAGGCAGAGUUUCCUUUUCAUGUAAUUCCUAAGCUUGCUACCUUGAGUGUUGCUGGAGGAACUAUAAAGGGCUAUGGAUGCCCGGGGCUCUCUAUUACUGGAAGUGCUCUUGCAAUGGCAGAAAUUGCCAGAGUAGAUGCAAGCUGUUCAACCUUUAUUUUGGCGCAUUCUUCCUUGGCCAUGCUUACAAUUGCACUGUGUGGGUCAGAGGCACAAAAGCAGAAAUACUUACCAUCAUUAGCUCAGUUGCAUACUGUUGCUUGCUGGGCUUUGACUGAGCCAGACUAUGGAAGUGAUGCAAGCUCUCUGAAAACCAUUGCAACAAAGGUUGCAGGAGGUUGGAUAAUAGAUGGCCCAAAGCGUUGGAUAGCAAACAGUACUUUCGCUGAUGUUUUCCUUGUUUUCGCUAGAAACAUAAGCACAAACCAGAUAAAUGGGUUCAUUGUGAAGAAAGAUGCUCCUGGAUUGAGGGCCACAAAAAUUGAAAAUAAAAUUGGUCUGAGGAUUGUUCAGAAUGGUGACAUUCUCUUUAAGAAAGUUUUUGUUCCUGAUGAAGACAGGUUGCCAGGUGUUAAUUCUUUCCAGGAUACAGCCAAGGUCCUUUCUGUUUCACGUGUUAUCGUUGCAUGGCAACCUAUUGGCAUAUCAAUGGGCGUAUUUGAUAUGUGCCACAGGUACCUGAAAGAGAGGAAGCAAUUUGGAGCUCCAUUGGCGGCAUUUCAGAUUAACCAAGAGAAGCUUGUACGCAUGCUGGGUAAUAUUCAAGCGAUGCUUCUUGUUGGCUGGCGCUUAUGCAAAUUGUACGAAUCGGGAAAGAUGACUCCAGGUCAUGCUAGCUUGGGAAAGGCAUGGAAUUCCUUGAAGGCAAGGGAGACUGUAUCUCUUGGUCGAGAAUUACUUGGUGGCAAUGGAAUCUUGGCUGAUUUUCUAGUGGCAAAGGCAUUCUGUGAUGCAGAGCCCGUUUUCUCAUAUGAAGGCACCUAUGAUAUCAACUGUUUGGUGACAGGUAGAGAAAUCACAGGGAUUGCAAGCUUCAAACCUGCCGUGCUGGGAAAGGCAAGUCGCCUUUAAUUUCAGUGGUAUGAGCGCAUACAAACCUUAAUUUCAGUUAAAUCCUGCGAUCAGAGCAUACUGGAUAUAAUACAGGGUAUGGUCUGUCGGACUGAUGAUGGUUUACUGAAGGUUUGAGGUGCAACUGGGUUCAACAACAACAGGAUAAUGUUGCCUGAAUAGGCCAAAAUCUAUGUCAUGUUUGAAGUUACAAUGGAUUAUUCUGAUAUGUAAGACUGCUUAUUUUAGACAUAUGCAUCGAAAAAAGAACUUCGUAUAACGUCCACGUACUGGUUUAAUUAGAAGAAUUUCUGCUCAUUAUUUCACUGAAUC